AUGGAGGACGAUGACAUGCCACCUCCUUCCAAGGGAACAUCUUUUGCGUUCAAGACAAAUGCUGACUUCAGGCGCAUGCUGGAGACGCCGCGACCUCAGAGGUUCCAAGAAGAUGCUGAUGCACCGGAGGGAACUCGGGCUGUCAAGAAGCCUCACGCAGCACAGAAGAAGAAGGGCCGGCCCAAGCCUGUGCAGGAAGAGAAGGCAGGAGAUGACGAGCCUCUCUACAGAGAUCGCGCGGAAGAGCGAAGGAAGGGAUUCAAUCCAGACUAUGAGCGAGUCAAUGCAGACCUGGCCAACAUCGUCACCGGUAACUCACUGCUGGAGCAGGACAUUGGGCAGAUCAGUGUGGAGGACUCCAAGUUCCUGGGUGGAGAUGUGGAUCACACCCAUUUGGUCAAGGGUCUUGAUUAUGCGCUCCUGCAGAAGGUGCGUGGGGAGAUGACCAAACACGGCGCAGAAGACCCAGAUGAGACGAAGAAGAAGGUCAAGCCAGUCAGGAAGGAGGAGAUGAAGUUUGUUACAGCGACUGGCCGCAGCGUGUUCAACUCGGUCUUCAAUCCCCCGAAGAUCAAUGUCAGUGAGCUGUUCUUGCCGCGCCGCACUGCCUUUGUCUAUGAGCUGGAAGAUGACGAGUACGGCUCUGACAUUCCCACCACCCUGAGGCGCUCCAAGCUGGACUGCCCGCCGGUGGUGGACUCGCUGAUGGGCGGAGUGGAUGGCAAUCUGCUGGAGCGCCUGGCCAAGAUCAUGUCCUACAUGCGUCCAAACGCGGGCGGCAAGCCGGGCAAGCGCCUCAAGCGCAAGGACAAGCUGCAGCUGCUUGGCGCCAGCGCUCUGCCGCCCCUGGCCGGCAUCGGCGCGCUCAAGGGGCCGCACACCAACGGCUCCGCUGCGGCGGAGCCUGCCGUGGUGAGGCCGGCUGAUGAGGAUGAGGACAUCUUUGGGGACGCCGGCAAGGACUACCAGGCCGAGCUACCCAAGAGCCGGGACGGGGGAGCGGCGGCGUCAACCCGCGGCCAGUACUUUGCUGAGAAGGACGACAUGGCUGACCUCCCUGCCCUUCCAACAGCAGGGGCGAAGAGCGACGAGGACAUGGAGAUCGAGGAGGGCGAGGCGCAAGAGGGACCCCCCGGUGCCCUCCCACCGCCGCCACCGCCGCCCCCACCCGACACGGAGGUGGGCCCGGCGCGGCCGCCCACCAACGCAGAUCUGUCCAGCGCCUACGCCGAUCCUGCCGCCUACGAGGCCUACAUCCAGGCCAGUGUCGCCUAUCAGGCGAGCACGGAUCCGGUGUAUCAGGCCCUGCUGGCGACGCAGGCGGGCGGGCAGCCGCCAGAUGCAGAGGACGCCGCGGCACUGAGCGCGCUGUCGCAGCAGCAGAAGGAAGCCGGGCUGGCCUCUGUCUUCAAGCGGGACGACGACAACCUCGCCCGCAGGAGAGAGGUGGAUGAGAGGGAGAAGGACCCGAGUUUUGUGAGCGACGCAUACGCCGAGUGCUAUCCCGGGUACCACGAGUACAACAACACCAUCGCUGACUCAGACGACGAGGCUGAUUUCUCACACAUGGACUCGAAGACUGGCGGCAAGAGCCGCACCGACUUUGACACCGAGGAGCAGUGGCAGGAGCACAAGAACAGCAAGGAGAUGUUGCCCAAGGCGGCCUUCCAGUUUGGAUUGAAGGCAGCCGACGGCCGCAAGGCAGGCAACAAGCUGGGCAAGGCCAAGGACAACAAGCUGAACAACCAGCUGAACAAGAUCCAGGCCAUCUUGGAGAAGGACGGAGGAGACUACAAGAAGGCCUUCUCGGCCCCAGCCCUGGAGGCUUCUGACGGCGGCAAGCUGUCCAAAAAGCGCCGCAUCUGAAAGAGCCUCACAGCUUUGUAGUCCGGAUGCAUGCGUGUUGCUUGCAUGCGGUUGGUGGACAGGCUUCAGGCUUUCUGAGGAGGUGACAUCGCAUGUGACUUAGAAGGGAGAAGUGUGUGAGUGGCGUGUGGUUACAAGAUUGACUUUGUCCUGCUUACAGUGGGUCGUCGCGAGUUUUCCAAGACAGUGGUGCUUCAAGUUGCAGAUUGUGGCAAGGGUAUUACUUAAGGUGUACUUUUUGCCAAUUGAAUGCUGGCCAUGGCGGCAAUUCGUGAUUGGUCCUCAGGUCUGGGAUGUCCUGAGCCUCACUGACUCCGAGUCAGCUCCGCCAAACUUCAUUUGACAAUUUUCAUCAUGAUUUGUUUCUUGAUGUGGAUUGCUGGGAUACAUUACGUAGUGUUGAGAGAGAUUUUGGCCACCGAAAUAUUUGCUGAACUGAAUUUGAGCCUCACUCGGGGUAACGCAAUGCAAGACAAAAUGCGGAGA